CUAGUAAUUAAUCAGCUUGCCCGCUCCGACCUUGGGAGCGUGAGGAGUGCGGAGAGAUCGCCGACCUCGGGUCGUCCCCGGGAUAGCAACCACGCAGCAGCAUGGAACCCGAAAAGCUUUCCAUCUCUGAAAAAAGCUCGGGGGGACCCGGAGCACUCGAAGUCUGAGACGGAAGAUACUGCUUUCGCGCCCAUUGGCAACCCAAGGACCCGCGAGGAGCCGAUAUCAAAACAGCAGUCCAAUGCCUCUCGAUCGCUCGACCGUGCCUGGUCUUUGAGUGACGGGGUGAGUGUGAAUAGACAGGAUGUCGAGCAAGAACCUGGCCAAGACCAGGAUCAGGCUGCGGACGAAAAUGGAUUCACCGUGAGCUGGGAUGAAAAUGACACCUUGAAUCCGCGGAGUAUGAGUCUUGGUCGUCGGUGGCUUAUCACCGUUCUGGUUUCCCUGGGGUCAGCGUGCGUGACGUGUACAUCUUCAAUGUACACUACAACAUAUGCCCAAAUCAUGGAUGAAUUCAACAGCUCCCAGGAAGUCGCCACUCUGGGCCUGUCGACGUUCAUCUGGGGACUCGGCCUUGGCCCGCUCUUCCUUAGCCCUUUGUCCGAGUUCUAUGGCCGGCGAUGGGUCUAUAUUAUCUCCCUCUUCCUUUUCUUGAUCUGGCUCAUCCCCUGUGCCGUGGCGCAAAACAUGCAGACUAUGCUUGUCUGCCGUUUCUUCAACGGUCUCUCUGGGAGCGCAUUUUUAAGUGUUGCUGGUGGUACCGUAGGGGACAUGUUCGAUCGACAACAGCUUGCUGCGCCGAUGAUGCUUUACACAGCGAGUCCAUUCGUUGGGCCAGAGAUUGGUCCUCUGGUGGGCGGGUUCAUCAACCAAUACACUUCCUGGCGCUGGACUUUUUGGGUCUUGAUGAUUUGGACCGGUGUGAUCCUCAUUUCGGUCAUCUUCUUCGUCCCCGAAACUUACCAUCCGGUUCUCCUCAGGCGUAAAGCACAGAAACUCCGGAAAGAAACCGGCGACGAUCGGUGGAUUGCUCCCAUUGAAAAGAUGAACAGAUCCGUGGCGCAGACAGUGCUUCGCUCUAUGUACCGACCAAUUCUUCUCCUGGUUUUGGAACCAAUGUGUCUGAAUCUCUGUCUAUUCUCAGCCAUUCUGUUGGGUAUUAUUUACCUGUUCUUCGGAGCCUUCCAGUUGGUAUUCGAAAACGUGUACGGCUUCGAGUUGUGGCAACGCGGUCUCUGCUUCAUGGGUAUCUUUGUUGGUAUGGUCUGUGGCAUUCUGACUGAUCCCUUCUGGCGUCGCAACUAUAAGCGGUUGGAGCGAAACCAUAGACGGAGGGCAGAUGCGGACGAUGAAUUUCGCCCCGAAUGGCGGCUGCCACCUGCAAUCGCAGGCGCCCCUCUCGUCACUAUUGGAAUGUUCAUCUUUGCGUGGACAAUCUAUUCUGAUGUUCACUGGAUCGCCCCAAUCAUCGGCAGUGCAGUGUUCGGUGCAGGAACGAUCCUCGUUUACUCGGGUAUCUUCACAUUUUUGGUGGACGCCUAUCCCACCUUUGCAGCGAGUGCGUUGGCAGCGAACAGCUUCCUGCGAUCCAGCUUUGGAGGGAUCUUCCCUCUCUUUGGUAUUCAAAUGUACAACAAGCUUGGGUAUCACUGGGCCUCAUCGCUGCUUGGAUUCUUGACCUUGGCCAUGCUUCCCUUCCCGUAUAUCUUUUUCCGCUUCGGUGCUCGUAUUCGACAGAAGAGUCGCUUUGCGACUUCCCAGAAGUGA